GGGGCUGGACAUAGUGACUCAGGUAGACUAUGGAUUCCUGGAAGGAAGCCAUAAGCCACAGCUGGAUUUAUCCCACAGUGAUCAUCUGUGCAAAUGGAUUUUUCGCCACAAUGAGGCCAUCAGAGUCUUUUCUCACCCCUUAUCUAACGGGGCCAGACAAAAACCUAACGAUUGAAGAGGUUACCAACCAGAUUUUGCCUGUUUGGACAUACUCCUACCUCGCUCUCCUGUUCCCAGUCUUCCUGCUCACAGAUUACCUGCGCUACAAGCCCGUCCUCCUCCUCCAGGGCAUCAGCCUCAUCGUCACCUGGCUCCUGCUCCUCUUUGCACACGGAGUGCUGGCCAUGCAGGUGGUGGAAUUCUUCUACGGCAUGGUGACGGCCACUGAGGUGGCCUAUUACGCCUACAUCUACAGCGUGGUCAGCACCGACCGCUACCAGAGGGUGACGAGCUACUGCAGGAGCAGCACUCUGGUGGCAGCCACUGUUGCCGCCGUGCUGGGACAGCUGCUGGUGUCCUUGGCAGAUGUGUCCUACUUCUACCUCAACGCCAUUUCUCUGGCUUCCGUGGCGCUGGCGUUCCUGUGUGCCUUUUUCCUCCCCAUGCCCCAGAAGAGCAUGUUCUUCCACAGGAAAGACGCCUCCCAGUCUCUCCCAGGGCCUGACAAAGUUGUGGCUCCGGUCGAUUCUGACCGUCCCUCGAGCUGCCAAGAGGACACGAGCUCCGACUCCGCUGGCAGGGGCCCAACACCCCAACAGCAGGCUGGGAAUGCCAAGCCCCGGAAUCACAUGCUCAGAGUGCUGGUGCAGCUGAGCAAGGACCUGAGGGAUUGCUACAGCUCCAGGAAACUUCUCUACUGGUCCCUGUGGUGGGCUCUGGCUACGGCCGGC